GCCCGGAGUGAGCAGACGUGUCGCUCUCCGCCGCUCGUUCCUCUCCACCCCUUUUCUUCACCCUCAAAACCUUGUCGUGGGUCCCCUGGGUGCUCUGGUCCCCGGGACAGCUGGGAUCAGGGGAGGAGCGCCCUCACCUGGUCACGUGGCCACUGGAGAACAGGUAAAGGGAGGCUCGACAGGUGUUCACAGGUGCUCAGGUGGUAAGCAGUCUCUAUCCACCGUGGAAUAGACACUUGAGAGACAGCCUGCAUGUCCCAUCACCCACGGAGUCACUGCAGGUCAGGCCAAGGCAACGCUGGGUGACUUGACCUUGUACCAGACUCCCUCCUCCCCAUGACCUUGACCUGAUUCACCAUGACCUAGUUUGCUGUGCACUCGUCAGUACUCCAUCAAGAAGUCAUCACGAGUGCAGGGACUGACUUGACCCCUGAGCCUGCACCUCCUGUCCUCACCUCAACUUGGAAGGAAAGAAGAAAACGAGAAUCUUAAAAAUGUGACCUCCUUGCUGAAAUGUUACAAAUGUGAUCUCUUAAGUGCAUUCCUGGUCUCGAUCCGUGAAGAUCUGAGGGAGGAGGAGGAGGAGGAGGACCAGCAGGAGAACUGAAGGACCUCGGAACACUACCCUUGGGAACGCCCUGUCGCGACGCACCGUCAGGGACGCUAAGACUUGGUAGUGUCGUGUUGUUUAGCGUGUUGUUGUGGCUGGACAUGUAAACUUUUGGGAUCAGACUGCAAACCGGGCAGAGAGGAAAUGAUAUCGCUCUUAGGAAACAGAAAGGACCCAAAUAGCGUUCUCUAAGUGACCUCGAGACGAAAUAAUUUAUAUCGAGGUACUGAGAAACUAACCUAAAUAAGAGUGAUUUGUGAACUUAAAGUCAAACAAUAAUACUUCCCAUUUGAGGAAUCGCAGGAAACGAACAUAAUUCCACUGAAAAGAGAGAAUUCUACAAUGAUAAAAUGGAAAAAGGAUCUCUAAUGCUUACCUAUUCUCAGUGAAAGACUCAAAAUUAACGUCAUUCCAACUAAAACUUGACAAAGAUUAGGACGUUUCAUAGGAAAAUAUUAGGAAAGGGACUUAAUUCAUAACACUGAGGCUAAGCAGCUUCCAUUUAGACGCUGAAGAAAGGAACGCACCCAAAGUAGCGCAGUCCAUCACUAUUACCGUCUGGAAGUCACGAGGCACAUCAAGGGCACCAGGAUAAUAGGAACGUUCCCUCCUUGCCUCCCACAACUCACGCUCCUCCGUCACUUUCGAACCCGCUGACCCACUGGCCGGCUUAAACCAAGAUCACGUUGAGCUGGGGAAGGCGUGUGAUGGAGGGAUCGGCACGCGUGCAGCGGCCAGGCUGGCGGCGGCGGCGGGCGGCGGUGUCCGGGUAGCUGUGGCUGCCUCCGGGAUGCGCCGCAGCCGCAGCUUCUGCAUGAAGGGAGAGCAGCAGGAGCAGCACCAGCAUAACCAGGCGUGCCAGCCGCUUGCCUGCGGAGGCGCGUCUUACUGUGACCAGGAACGCCCCGCCCCGCACACCUCCCGUUACAACGUGGAAGUGUGCGGCGCCACGCCCUCUAGGCCGGCCUACGGACGCGCCGUGACCCCCUGGAGCGACGGGCGCGGGCGCGGGGCGGGAUCAUCCCAGAGUGUUUCGGUGACCUUGUGCAGCGGCACCGCGGAGACGGGCCUGGGACCCCUCGACCCCCUGCUGCCCUCCCUCCCGCCGGACCUGGAGGAGCACCUCAGGACCUGCCGCUGCACCUGCAACCACAUGGGCUUCGGGAACGUGCGGACCAGGAGCGCAUCGCACCACUCAUCGACGCUGCCGCUACCCAACGGCUCUGCCAAGAGGAACAGGGACGCCGGGCACUGCGGCACCGCGCCGCGCGUGUCUGCUGAGCACACCAAGUCCUCGCACAACUUGGGAGGAAGCCUAAGGCGGACGUGUGGCAGCGGUGGUGCCGCCGCCUGUGUGAGUGACGGAUACGUUGUUGACGGCAGCAAGGGGCGCUCCAGCAGCCUGGUGGGCGCGGCGGGCAGCGGAAGCCUGAGGGAGCCUGCCACUGCCGCCCAAGUACCAUCUGCCACACCGGGCAGUUGUCGGCGGGCGACGGCCAACCACCGCGGCGCUGCAGUGGUGACAACCGCGGGGCCGCCGCCGCGCUACCACGUCUCCGAGUACACCUUCGAACAGGAACACACGGACUCGGCCUUCACGGAGCAGAAGGAAUCUUCGCGCACAAAAAAGAUGAUCAAGUGGGACGAGUCACCAACAGACAGGCUACAAGCGAGCGUGUCCUCGGCAGGGUGGGAGGCGUACUCGUGGCGUCACUGGUGCGUGCUGGCGGCGCUGCUGCUGCUGAGUGGCGGGGUGGUGCUGGCGGUGGCGCUGCCGCUGGCCACCCGUCGGGACACCAACACACCUUCCGAUGAUGCCCUCGCCAGAGUCCACGGCAUCCUCAGCACCGUGCCGCUCAUCGACGGACACAACGACCUGGCGUGGAACAUCCGCAACUUCGUGCACAACAAGCUGGAGAAGGUGGAUAUGUCGCAGAACCUGAGCACGGUGGAGCCCUGGGGCGGCUCCCCCUGGUCCCACACAGACUUGGCUCGCCUCAGGCACGGCAGAGUGGGCGCCCAGUUCUGGGCGGCGUACGUGCCGUGCGGGGCACAGUACCUCAACGCGGCGCAGGUCACCCUGGAGCAGAUCGACGUGCUGAAGAGAUUCAUCGCGCGCUACCCACAGCACCUCGGAUACGCCCACUCCCAAGCAAGCCUGCUGGAGGUGUACAACUCGGGGCGGGUGGCCAGCCUGCUGGGCGUGGAGGGCGGCCACCUGGUGGGGGCGAGUCUUUCCGUGCUCAGGAUGUACUACGACCUGGGCGUGCGCUACCUCACCCUCACCCACACCUGCAACACGCCCUGGGCGGACUCCUCGCCAACGGACUCUGGAGGACACGAGGAGGAAAACUUUGGACUGAACGACUUCGGGGCGAAGGUGGUGUUGGAGAUGAACCGGCUGGGCAUGAUGGUGGACCUGUCCCACGUGUCCCAGCAGACGAUGCGCGACGCCCUGGCCGUGUCCCGCGCGCCCGUCAUCUUCUCCCACUCCUCCGCCCAUGCCCUCUGCCGCCACCCGCGUAACGUGCCCGACGACAUCCUCCGACAAGUGCACUUAAAUGGCGGGAUCGUGAUGGUCAGUUUCUACAGUUACUUCCUCACCUGCAACGACACUGCCACCAUCCAAGAUGUUGUCCGACACAUCACACACAUCCGGGAGGUGGCAGGGCCUGAUCACGUGGGCGUCGGCGCAGACUUUGACGGCAUAAACAAGACGCCCGUGGGCCUGGAGGAUGUCAGUAAGUACCCGGUGCUGCUGGCGGCGGUGCUGCAGGAGCCAGGCUGGACGGAUGAAGACGUGGCCAAACUCGCGGGGGGAAACUUCUUGAGAGUAAUGCGAAAAGCGGAGGAGGUACGAGACGAAAUGAGAUCAACCCUGCCUUACGAGGACCACAUCCACCCUGACCACCUGGAGGGGCGUCGCACCUGCUGGUUCACGUGACGCCGCCCCCGCCCUAGGUCAUCACCCGCCCUCCUGCUGCCGCUCCUCCUCCUCCUCCUCGCCCUCUGCUGCAUUUGCCUUUAUUACAUUCACUUUUACGUGCCCGGACGGAGCAAAGACAAGAAGAAGUGAGUCAAACAGCCUUCUACAGCGCCUACGUCAGGAAAGAUCUACCCUACCUGCGUACAAAUUUCUAUAGGGUCCAAACAUCCGUCUUCGUUAACGGAAGCAGACAGCGAUUUGAAGUGCUGCGGGCGGGUGCGACGAGAGAUUGUAAACGUGAAGGUGAUGGAAGACUAGAAUAAUUAACACUGACAAAAAAAAAAAAAAAAAAGGUAAUAGCGAUUGAGACGGAACACACUAUAAUAACAAAAGUGAUAGUGAUAGAUGAAUAAAAGUAUGAAAGUAAUAGUGAUGGAUGGUGAUGGAAAGAAAAAAAAAUAA